AGUAACAAAAUAAAUAUACACCCAAAUUCAUACACAAGAACAAAAUACCCCAAACAAAAUACUAACCUUUUGAUUAACAACAUCAUGAUUUCCCCCACUUCAAUCCGACGGUCACCAUUUUCCCUUACAUCACCAUGAACGUUACCAUGAAGCUGUAGCUUCAUCUUUCAAUAAGCAUUCAAAAUCUCCAUUCUCCUUUCUUCUUCUUCCUCCCUAUAUAAAUCCUAAAAAUUUUGAGGGUUGAAACCCUGUAUUUCUGAUUUCCAUGGCGUCAGAGAAGAACAUGGAUAUGGAAAUGGGUCCUUCCCACUCGACGGAAAGAUCGAAGCUUGUUGCUCGGAGGAAACCGGGGAGGGAAAAAAGGGACCGGCAUGCAAAGGUUGACGGCCGAGACCGGCGCAUCCGAUUGUCACCCAUCUGCGCAGCCAGAAUUUUCCAGCUCACUCGAGAGCUGGGCUACAAGACAGACGGCGAGACCAUAGAAUGGCUCUUGCGUCAGGCGGAGCCGUCAAUCAUUGCUGCCACAGGGAAUGGAGUCUCCCAGCCAACUUCUCCACCUGCUUCUGCACCGGCCACUAUUCCUGGCGCUACCGAUCUGGUUGAUGUCUCCUCAUCCGCAGGUUUUCUUUCAUCAUCUGAUUGUUUGGUACCUUCCUUGAACUUCCGUGACGCAAAACCUGCACCAGAAACUGGAGAUCCUUUCAAGCAAGGUUCGGUUUCAAGGCCUGUGCCUAGUUUGCCACCUUUCGAGUUUGAUUUGGUUGCAAACCUCAAUAUGGAAUUUUCUGCUAAUGAGAUUGCGAUGUUGCAAUCCUUGACCGGAAAUAUUGCAAAAGGGAAUUGAAGUAAUGACAAGUUGUCAGCAUUAAUGGUGUGGGAUUUAAUUAUGUUUUCUUAUGUUUGAGUAAUUUUAUGAUUUGCAGUUUUAGUGUGAUGUAGCAGUAAGACUUCUCGCAGGAUAUUCCGGGUUCUAAAUAAAGAGUUAAGUGUUUGAUUUGGGUUUAAUUGAAAAGGUUUUAUGUUUUAUGUUUAUUGGAAGUUUAGGAUGAACAAAUGUGCUGUUGUUUC